CUGUGAGGCUGUCUUGAAUUGUUUAAGAGCCAAAGGAAUAAAGACCACCCAUCUGGUGUCAGUAGCUACUGAUGGGGCUCCGAAUAUGACGGGAACGCACAAGGGAUUUGUGGCUUUACUGCAGAAGUCGCUGGACAGAAAGCUGCUGACUUUUCACUGCAUCUUGCACCAAGAGGCACUGUGCGCUCAAACAUUUCCUCCGGAAUGCACAGAAGUAAUGGAUGUUGUCAUUCAGAUUGUCAAUAAAAUAAUGGCAAAAAGUUUAAAUCACCGUCAAUUCCGUUUGUUACUGGACGAGAUGGAAAGCGCAUAUUCUGAUCUCCUGCUGCACAACAAAGUCCGGUGGCUGUCCAAAGGGGAGGUGCUGAAACGCUUUGUCGCGUGUCUGGAAGAAGUGAAAACUUUCCUGGGCAGCAAAGGGCUCAACUUUCCUGAGCUGGAACAGCCAGGGUGGCUGGAAAAGCUACACUUCAUGGUAGACAUGACAGCGCACCUGAACACGCUGAACACAGCUCUUCAGGGGAAAGGACGCACAGCCCUGCACAUGUUGGAGGAUGUCUUGGCAUUCGAGCGCAAGUUGACAGUGCUUGCCAGAGAUUUACAGAAAGGCACUUUGUCUCACUUCCCCAAUUUGAGAGAGUUCAAACAAGGUCACGACAUGAUAAUUUCGGAGUAUUUACAUUCUGCAAUCAUCGCAAUGCAAACAUCGUUUGGGAAACGCUUCUGUGAGUUCAGAGAGGAAAAAAACACAUUAUCCUUCCCGGUCACUCCCUUAAGCAUCGAUCCUUCCCUACUGAAUACGACUGCAUUGGCAGGUGUGAGUCAACCUGAUCUUGAGAUGGAACUGGCCGACAUAGCCGACAAAGACAUAUGGGUGUCCAAGUUUAGACGCUUGACAGCAGACCUUGAAGAUGUUGCCCGUCAGAAGGCCGUUCUUGCUCAGAAUCACAAAUGGAGUGAUAUUGAAAACCUUCCAAAUCCGGACCAACUUGUGUUUGAAACAUGGAAUGCUGUGCCCGACAUUUAUGUAAACAUGAAAAAGUAUGCGCUUGGAGUCCUGUCGAUCUUUGGAUCCACAUAUGUAUGUGAGCAGGUGUUCUCCAACAUGAACUUUAUUAAAAACAAACAUCGCGCACGCCUCACAGAUGACAGCUUGCGAUCCUGUGUAAAGAUGAAGGUGACGUCAUACAGCCCUGAUGUGCAGACGCUGUGCGCUGAGGUCCAGGAGCAGAAAUCCCAUUAACCAAUCCUUUUAUUUUUCAGGCUGACAGCUGGCUGACGUUAUUUUUGGUUUGCUGCUGGCGGAAAAUUUAAGUUCGGCGUUUUUCAUAAAUACAAGAAGGACUCAAAUAGACAUUGAGUAUUUUACUUAAAAGUAACUUUCAACCCAACGUCUUUUUUUCGGAGUUCAAAAUGUUUUUGUUGCAUGCAGAAAUGUAAUUUCGUUUUCUCUGCAGGAGUUCAUCAAUUUCAUAAAUGCAACACAUUAUAGUUUGUUUAUACAUAGCAUAAAGGCAAAAAAAACGUUGUAUGCAGUGUUAUUUCAUUUUAAAUGUCAAACGGGUUUUGCGGCUCCCAGUGUUUUCUUUUCUGUGGGAAACGGGUCCAAGUGGCUCUUUCAG